AUGCUCACUGAUAAUUAUAAAGAUCUUGCGGUCAAGGCUCAAUCAACAUUUCAGAAUUCUUUAAAACAAGCCAUCAAUCUUGCCGACUUUGAUGCUAGCUUAGCCGAAAAGUAUAGUGCUAUACCAUCAGCUAUCGGUGCAAACACUGAAGACUUUGGCUCGCCAGCUAAAUACCCAUUGGAAGAGUACUUGCAAACAUUGCCUAAAAAAGUAUUGGACAUCACUGAGAAGGAUCCUGUUGAAUUGUUGAAGGACCUCAAAAACAGAAAGAUCACAUGUGUUGAAGUUUUGAAGGCUUAUACAACGGCCUGCAUUGUGGCAUCCAAGCUUACCAAUUGCGUGCAAGAAUUCUUACCCGUGGAAGCACUUCAAUACGCUCAAGACUUGGAUGCAAACUACGAAAGCAAAAAGCACCUUCCUUUAUAUGGGUUGCCCUUUUCAAUCAAGGAGAUGAUUCCGUUUGUUGGCAGGUCGGUGACACAUGGAUCCUUAUGCUAUCUCGAUAGGGUAGUCGAUUACAAUGCUGAUAUUGUCAACAUCUUAGUUUCGAAUGGUGCAUAUCCCUUUGUUAGAACCACUAAUCCACAGUCAUUGAUGAUGCUUGAGUGCGUUUCGCUUUCCCAUGGUCGUACAGUGAAUUCCCACAACGGUGAACUUACUUCAGGUGGUUCAUCAGGUGGGGAAGGAACAUUGAACGGAUUGAGAGCAAGUCCUUUCGGUUUAGGCAGUGACAUUGGUGGUAGUAUUAGAUGUCCGGCAGCAUUCAAUGGAAUCUAUGGAUUGAGAACGACAUUGGGUAGAAUUCCUACUGCGGAUUACUUUUCUUGCAACAUUGGAUCUGAAUCCAUCCUUUCGGUGACAGGACCUUUAUCGAGAUCUUUGGGCACAGUGGACUUGGUAAUGAAAACAGUCAUUGAAGCAAAGCCAUGGUUAGUUGAUCCCACUUUAGUUCCCAUUGAAUGGAAGAAACCCGAGAAAAAGAAAUAUAGGGUUGGUAUCUAUUGGUCCGACAAUAUCGUUAAUCCUUCGCCUCCUAUCAAGAGAGCAUUGUCCCUUAUUAAGAAUAAAUUGGAUAGAUUAGAGAACUUUGAAGUUGUCCAAUUUGAACCAUACCACCCUGAAAAAGUUGCAGAAAUCUUAGGUAAAUUGUAUUUUGAGGAUGGAGCAAGGGAUUUCCGCUCUACCUUGCAAACAGGUGAACCACUUCUUGAACAAACCAGGUGGGCAAUUGAUGGAGCAGAGGAUUUGGAUAUGCAUGAACAGUGGCACUGGAAUUUGGAGAAACAAGCGUACAGAAAGAAAUUUUUGAAGCAUUGGCGUGACUACACCGAUGCUGAAGGCAACAUUCUUGAUGCCGUCGUUGCUCCUGUAUUCCCCAACGUUGCCGCAAAACACGAGACCACAAAGUAUUGGACAUACACAUCGCAAUGGAACCUUUUGGACUAUCCAGCUUUAGUAUUUCCUGUCACCACUGUUGAUGAAUCCUUGGAUCAACCGUUUACAGACUACACACCACUCAAUGAGUUAGACAAGUAUUUUUACGAAAUAUAUGAUAGUCCAAGCUCAUUCCUGAAGGCACCUGCAAAUUUGUGCCUUGUUGGAUUAAGAUAUACCGAUGAGAAGUUGGUUGAAAUUGCCCAAACCUUGCAAAACUGA